AUGCACCUCAGCAGAUGCAAUGCAGGUCCCGCUCACAAGCACCACCGCAACACGACGCAACACGACACAGGUGCGUGCAAGUGGAGGAAACACGACGUCUCCCUCCCUCUACUCGUUCCUGCAUUAAGACACUACAUACCCUCCUUGUUUCUCAAUUCCAUUCUUGCCCCCAUCUACAUUCCCGACCACGCCUUUUACUUUAGUUCCCUCGAACGUCUUCACUUUGCCAGUCUUGCUCCGGCCCCUACUCCGCCAUCCACACAUAUCGACAUCUACUUUGAUCGUCCAGACACCGCACCCACACCAAAGACAUUAAAGCAGCGCCGUAAAGAACGUCAAGCCAGACUUGCAUCCGACCAAGUGUCCGACCGUGUCAAGAGACGGCCUUCUCGACGUGCCAACUUCCGCGCCUCGACGAGCUCCUCCGUCUACGUACGGCUGCCCGACAAGAUUCGGAAGAGGCACUUGACUACCGAAGAGCAGAUUGUUGCUUCUCGAAACCGGAGACACGACAUCAUCCUUGACCCGGCUGAUGAGGCCAUCUACAAAGUUCGAAGACGAGCCUCUAGCCUAAUUGUUCAAGACGAGUUGUGGAGUCCGACUCUAUCGGUGAGACCUUCGACGAUGGAGUCUCGGCGGCCGAGCCAAGAUACGAGGAAACAAAUGCCCAAGUCGGAAGAGAAGAAGUCCCCUGAAGCUCAGAAGAAGCGGGACUCCUUUUACGACAGCUUCCGUUGGUUGGAGGAGGAUGACGACCUAGACCUGCGUUUACAUCUCGACGAUUACCACGCCAAUUUGCGAGAGGAUCUACCAGCCAACUCGAAACAGCGCAGGCCGUCGUUUCGUAGGCACCUGUCCAUAUCAAAGAUACCGUUCGGCCGCAACUCGCUCUCCACCAACCGCCCCGGUACGACACCCGCCGGCGCAAGCCAUCCCACGACCCCAUUGUUUUCGAGUUCUCCAGUCAGCCCUCAGACAAGCUCUCCGGGACACGGCCGGCGAAGAUCACGGGCGCUGUCUCUGAUUUCACCAAAGCAUAGUCCCCAGGACACUGUAGCUGCCUUUGAUCCGGAGGCUGCACACUACCAAGAUCCGGAGGCCCGGCUGAAGCUGCGAGUAUAUCUGGCCUCCCCUCAAAAGUUUGACGAAGCCAUCGAGUUCGGGUUUCCUUCAAAAGAAGCCAUGAUCACCACCAAGCCUAGCAAGGACGUCAAGCCAUUGAAACAUCGACAAUCUAGGGCAGCGUUGGUGGACGAGUCAGAAAAUCUCCGCACCUUUCUCGCCGACGAUCGGUCGUCGAUCUUCAGCGAUGAUGGAUCCCUUGAUUCGGAUUCUCCCAAGACACCCCAUACAGUGGAGAUGACGGCGCUUCGGCCGCCGCCCAUCAAGAAUGAUCAGCUUCAUUCACCCAAACCAUCAACGGAAUACGCACGGAUGCCGGCAGAGGCGAGAGAAAUGACACUGCGCAUGACCCUCACCCGACCCGACCUCCGAGCCCACGAAGAUCAAAUGUACGGCUGGCAACAGAAGCCAUUACCGCCCAGGAAAUCCCAAUCGAACGGCCUACGAGACGAAUUUCCGACGUCGACGUACGUCCGAGAUGCGUCGUCAAAGGAGAGCAUAGAACGUCAGUUCGCGGCCAUGGACCAGGAAAACGCUCAGGUCAACGACCGAGGCGUCAUGAAGCGCUUUUGGAAUAAGGUCCGCCGAGGACCGGCAUAG